CGUCUCAAUACGUGCCGUAUUGAAAGAUGAGAAUCCCAAUGCAGGUGGCAACCCUACUUCCACUGGCCUUUGGUUUGCUUUGAAUCGCGUUCUCGAUGACGAUACAUUUUUUUAGGUUAGGUAUCGUUCUUUUAAGGUUAUGUUUUGUUUCUUCCUACUUUCUUCUGUAGUUGUUAUAUUUAUUAUUAAACCGUAGUUUAAAUGUCUGAAAAAGACUAUGCCCCUCUUAGUUCAGCGUGUGUUCGUGCUUUACACGAAAAACUCUACGAUAGAAGAAAAACAGCUGCCCUAGAAAUAGAAAAAAUGGUUAAAGAGUUUGCAGCAGUGAAUAAUACUGGACAAAUUAAAAAGUUGUUAAAAGUAUUGGGACAAGAUUUCGCUUUAUCGCAGAAUCCACAUGCCAGGAAAGGUGGAUUAAUAGGCCUUGCUGCUAUAGCCAUAGCUUUGGGAAAAGAUACAGAAAUGUAUGCUGAUGAGUUGGUUAAACCUAUCCUCGGGUGUAUGGCUGAUCAAGAUUUAAGAGUCAGAUAUUAUGCUUGUGAAUCAUUGUACAAUGUUGUUAAAGUAUCGAGAGGUUCCGUUUUACGACAUUUUCCAGCUAUAUUUAACUCGCUUAGCAAAAUUGCAACGGAUCCAGAUCACAAUGUUAAAAAUGCGUCUGAACUACUUGACAGACUUUUAAAGGAAAUCAUCCUUGAAAAUACAGAAUUCGAUUUGGAUGGCUUCAUUCCUUUACUUAGGGAACGCAUCUACACAAAAAAUGCAUUCUCAAGACAAUUUAUCAUAUCAUGGAUAUCUGUUCUGAAUUCGGAACCAGACUUGGACCUUAUUAAGUACUUACCAGAAAUUUUGGAUGGAUUAUUCAGAAUUCUAGAUGAUCCAAAUUUUGAGGUCAAGAAAAUGUGUGAAACUAUCCUAGGAGAGUUUUUAAGGAAGAUUAAAACAGACCCUUCAAAAGUUAAUUUUGGAGCUACUAUCAACAUUCUUAUCAAUCAUGCUCAAGAAAAGGGAGACGAUUUGGUGCAGUUCUCAGCUAUAACUUGGAUUAAAGAGUUUGUUCAGUUAUCAGGUUCUGCUAUGUUACCAUUUAUGUCUGGGAUAUUUACAGCCGUGUUACCAUGUUUAUCUUAUGAGACAGAUGCUCAGAGAAAUAUAAAAGAAACUGCUACAGCUGUAAAUUAUAGUUUAAUGAAACUUAUUUCUAUUAAAAAUGAUUCAGAUGAACAUGUGCCUACUGAAUUAGAUUUACAUUCUGUCGUAAAUGUUUUAAGUCAAUAUUUAAUACAUAAUUCAAUACAGACCAAGGUAGCUGUACUUAAAUGGAUCCAUGAUUUGUAUACCAAGUUACCGACCAAGAUGGGAGAAUAUAUUGAUGUACUUUUCCCUGCCUUAUUACAAACUACCCUAGUUGAUGAGUCAGAUCAAGUUGUUCAACAAUGUCUAGUUGUAAUGGCUGAGGUUAUUUCUUCACCUGAUAGCAAUAAAAAUGGAGAUCUUUACUAUCAAAAAUUUAUUAUUAAUUUAUUAAGUUCAUUUAGAGAAAAUAAUAGAUUGUUGGAUGAAAGGGGUUCAUUUAUUAUUAGACAGCUGUGUGUGUUACUUAACGCUGAAAAAAUAUACAGAACUUUAGCAGAGAUACUUAAAAAAGAGAUGAAUCUCAAAUUUGCCAGUCUUAUGGUUGAACAUCUGAAUAUGAUACUGUUAACUUCAUCUGAGCUGUACGACAUGAGGAAUAAUUUAAAAGAGCUCCUAUCAGAGGAAAGUAAAUCUUUAUUUAUCUGUUUAUAUGAAACGUGGUGUCACAAUCCAGUUGCAACUGUUUCACUAUGUUUACUCACCCAAAGUUAUAACCAUGUAUGUGAUUUGAUACAGCUGUUUGGUAACUUGGAAGUUACAGUUGAUUUUUUAAUAGAAAUUGAUAAAUUAGUUCAGCUAAUCGAAUCGCCAAUUUUUGCCUACCUAAGAUUAGAAUUACUGGAAAUACCAUCUAAUAAAAAUUUGAUAAGAGCAUUAUAUGGUUUAUUGAUGCUUUUGCCUCAAACUGAGGCAUUUACUACACUAAGAACGAGGUUAAGUUGCAUACCAAGUCUACAGCUGCCCUAUGAAGAUAACAAAAUAAUUAAAAAGAAAACUUCUCUAGUGAGUAGUGUGGAUUUUCGAAAGUUGUUGCAGCAUUAUGUUGAGAUACAAGACAAACAUAAAGAGUAUAAAGGAAUACAGCGUGCCAAAGAAAUUUCAUCUAUUAAUAAUCCAACUGUAGAUAUGUAAAUAUAUAUUUAAUUUUUUAUAUACUUAAUUGUUUAGGACUGUAUUAAGUAUACAUUCCAUUUAUUUAUUAAUUUGUAAAUAAAAUAAAUUAUG